AUGGCGCUGCGCUCUCCCUCCAGCACUUCGCGGCGGAAUCUGGGACCCCGUUAUUCGUCGCCGGCGGACUCUCUGCCUCCCACCUCUCAGGGUGGAUCCAGCAAUGGAGCCAGAGCUGAUGUUGCUAGGAAGACAAAGGAGGAGACUGAUCAUUUGUUGGCAAAAUUAGAAAAGGAGGGAGUGGAGAUAGAUGGCAAGAUAACUAGUAUUAUUGGUGAUGGGAUAGGUAGAAUCCAAGCUGAUGCUGCGAGGGAGCACAUGAAUGAACCAAAAUGGAAGAGGAUUAGACGGCUGCUCGCUAUUGCAUCUGCUGCUGUUGGUUUCGUCGUGGGUGUGAAAUAUGAAAUGAAUAGGUACCAAAAGGAAUUUGCCAAGAGUAGACGACCGAUCUUUUGGCAGCUUAAAAACUAG